AUGGAGGCACUCCUGCAAGAGCUCAGCUCAGCUUCCAAGCUCUUAAUUGACUUUAAGGAGAUGUAUGAAUAUGAGACCCGCUUAAAGACCUUCACCAAGUGGCCCUUCCAGGAGAACUGCAAGUGCACUCCAGAGAAUAUGGCAAAGGCUGGCUUCAUCCACUGUCCAAAUGCAAAUGAACCAGAUGUGGCAAAAUGUUUCUUUUGCUUGUUAGAACUGGUGGGCUGGGAACCAAACGAUGACCCAUGGGAGGAGCACACCAAACGUCACACCUGUGAAUUUUUAUCCCUUCCCAAGCACUUUGAUGAGCUGACAAUGGAGGAGUACUACAUGCUGGAGAUGACACGGCUGAGGACCUUCAUUUGCAAAGUUGGCAGGCGCACAAUCAACUCUUUUCAAGAAGAAGUCGAGGCAACAAGGCAGAGGCUCGUGGAUUACUUUGGCUCCAGACCCCAGCUCCCGGCACCGCUGCCUCUAGGGGAUGAGCCAGGAGACUCAACUGCCGGGCCAAAGGAGCCCACGACAAGUGAGCUGUGA